UUACCUAUGUUUGCUAUUUCUUUUACUUUUAUUUUGAUAAGAAGUAAAAAACAUUUUUAUUUACAAUUAAAUUUAAGAGGGAAAUAAAUUAUUUCUGGUAAUUUAUUGCUCGUCUUCGCAAAGCUCCGCCUCUUCGUAAUACUCUUCAUUGUUGUCAAUUUUAAUGUCUUCAUAUUCAAUCGCUGCAUUAUCUUCAUCAGCCAUUUCCAACUCAAAGACUGUGUCACCUUCGACUUGUCCUACAAUCACCUGAUGUGCGUUGGUCGGCUUUUGUCGUUCAAGAAUAAAUUGACUGACAUCGAGUGAAGGUGGCUGGAAUUUCUUUAUUUUUUCCAUGACAUCAUCAAAUUCUUGCUCAGUCAUGUGAGAUUUAUGAUGACUGAUGACAUGAGCUCUUUAUAAGUUUCUUU